AUCCAUCUCUCUCCUCUCUCUCUCUCUCCGAAAACCUCUAUCCUAAAAUCGCAGCGAUCACGUCCGUUAUCAUCUCCUAUAAAUCCGCUCCCGUUUGCGCAUAUCUUACCUACUUCUCCAAAACUCGCUUCUCUUUCUAGAGCUCUUUCUCUCUCUAACAUUUUCUCUCUAACUCUAAGUUCUCUCUCUUCUUCUAUAAUGGCGACUGCGGCCCAAGCGCCGCAGCCACAGGUGCUUGUGUUCCCGAACGCAUCACUCUAUGUUGGGGAUCUCGAUCCCUCUGUUACAGAGACUCAGAUCUUUGAUCUCUUCAACAGCAUCGCUCCUGUGGUCUCUGUUAGGGUUUGUAGGGACAUAGUUAGGCGCUUCUCUCUUGGCUAUGGCUAUGUAAACUAUGGAAGCCUGCAAGAAGCUCAGCGUGCCAUUGACAUGUUAAACUUCACCCAAAUAAAUGGAAAGCCAAUAAGGAUCAUGUUUUCUCAUCGAGAUCCCAGUAUCCGAAAAAGCGGAUUUGCCAAUGUAUUCAUUAAAAACUUGGAUGUAUCAAUUGACAACAAAGGAUUGUAUGAUAUUUUUGCCUCCUUUGGAAAGGUCCUUACUUGCAAGGUGGCCACUGACAAUAUUGGUCAGUCAAAAGGUUAUGGUUUUGUACAGUUCGAACAGGAAGAAGCAGCGCAAAAUGCCAUUCAAAGACUUAAUGGAAUGCUGGUAAAUGAUAAGAAAGUGUAUGUUGGCCUCUUUGUUCGUCGCCAAGAAAGAGAUCGAGCAACUGGGUCACCAAAGUUUACUAAUGUAUAUGUGAAGAAUUUGUCAGAGACUACCACUGAUGAGGACCUUAAGAGUGUUUUUGGUACUUAUGGUCCCAUCACUAGUGCUGUUGUUAUGCGAGAUGCAAGUGGAAAUUCCAAAGGUUUUGGUUUCAUCAAUUUCCAGAAUCCCAAUGAUGCUGCUACAGCAGUUGAGAAACUGAAUGGAACCACCAACAAUGAUGAUAAAGUAUGGUACGUUGGAAGGGCUCAAAAGAAAUCUGAAAGGGAGGCAGAAUUGAAGGCAAAAUUCGAACAAGAGAGAAAUGGGAGACUUGAGAAGUUACAAGCAGCUAACCUAUAUCUGAAAAACCUUGAUGAUUCACUUGAUGAUGAAAAGCUCAAAGAGCUCUUUUCUGAAUUUGGCGUAAUAACUUCAUGCAAAAUCAUGAGAGACUCACAAGGACAGAGUAGGGGUUCUGGUUUUGUUGCAUUUUCUUCGCCUGAUGAAGCUGCACGUGCAGUUGCGGAAAUGAAUGGAAAGAUGAUAGGAAGGAAGCCUCUCUAUGUCGCUCUCGCGCAGCGCAGGGAAGAGAGGAAGGCAAGAUUGCAGGCACAAUUUGCUCAAAUGAGAGCUGCAGUGGGAGUACCACCUGCGAUGCCUGCUAAUAUGUCCCCAUUUCAUCCUGCGGGCCCCAGGCUUACCCCCCAACAGUUGUUUUAUGGCCAAGGGGCUCCUGGUCUCAUGCCGCCUCAGCCUGCUGGCUACGGAUAUCAGCAACCACUCUUGCCAGGCAUGAGACCUGGGGUUGCACAAAUGCCUAACUUUGUUGUUCCUUACCCCGUUCAAAGGCAAGGGCAGCCUGGACAAAGGAUGGGUGUGAGGAGAGGGGGAGCUCCCCACCAGUUGCAGCAACAGCAGCAGCAGCAGCAAAUGAUUCAGCGUAAUGCGAAUCAAGGCUUCAGAUACAUGAAUAAUGCACGAAACGGGUUGGACCCAACUAUGGUGCCUCAGGGUCUGAUGAGUCCUAUGCUGCCUCUUCCGCUUGACGUUCCUGGCAUGGUUAUGUCACCCAUGGAAGCUCCAAGGCCUCAGCCAGUUCCAAUUGGAACACUUGCCUCUGCCUUGGCCUCUGCAACACCAGAGCAGCAAAGAGUGAUGCUUGGAGAACAGCUCUUCCCUCUUGUUGAUCGCAUGGAGCAUGACCAUGCUGGAAAAGUGACUGGAAUGCUCCUUGAAAUGGACCAAACUGAGGUCCUCCACCUCAUAGAGUCGCCCGAUGCCCUUAAGACAAAGGUCGGUGAGGCCUUGGAAGUUCUCAGGAUGGCACAAGCAGCUGCUCCUUCUGACCACACGGAUCAGCUUGCCUCUCUCUCACUAAAUGAAUGAUAAGUCAGGAUUCUGCCCCUAUUCAAAAGGACAACCAAACCAAAUAGAAGAAAACAAAACAUUGGUAUUGAUAUUUGGGUCUUUAUUCAACAGUUUUUCCCUUAAGUGUGUGUGGGUGUUUUUUCGAGGGUCCAAUUUUUUCGAUCAGGGCCACCGGUUAUUAUUGCAUUGAUAUCUUGGGGUUGUUAUCCCCUGACCCUUCAGUUUCUUUCCUUGCAUUGGAGAGGCUGCAUAUGGUGUCUAGUGGCUUUCUAUAUAGAGUGAUAUGUUCAUAUGACCUUUCAGUUUCUUUCCUUGCAUUGGAGAGGCUGCAUAUGGUGUCUAGUGGCUUUCUAUAUAGAGUGUUAUAUUCAUGACCUUUCAGAGAUUUAGGGAUUUUUCUCUAUACAUUUUGAUCUGGGAUUAAUCUUUUAUGAGGUUGUUGGCUGUUGGCUUUCUUAGUACACUACUUGUGGUUGAAAUGAGUAAGUAAUUUAGUGGCA